AUGCUGGAUCUCCUCGACGGAGGGUUGCUGGACCUAGACGACUCCUCAGAUUGCACAGAGAACCCGCAUCCUCCAACCGCCGCCUCGAACGGCGGCGUGGACUGCCCACGCUUGGGGCUGCAGAGACAACCCUCGCCGUGGGCCCGUCUCGAUCAAAUCCAGUUCCCCACCGCCAUGGCGUCUGCGGUCUCUGUACAGCAGCCGGAGCUGGCACCCCCUUCGGAUGAAUUUGUGAACGGGAGUUCUGGCUCUGAAGCGCAGCCCGAGGGCUCCGAUGUUAGCGGCGAUGGCAGUGCGGGUCAUCCGAGGAGGCCCGCGUGGAAUAGGCCUAUCAACGGCGAUGUUGAGGGGGUUUCUGUUAUGGGUGGAGCAAUUUCUUGGCCCGCUCUGUCCGAAUCAACCCGGCCCAGUUCCAGAUCCUUGUCCGAUUCAACCAGACCCAUGUCCGAUGGAUCAGCUCCUCCAUACCAGGCUCCUCCUUUACUAUCUCAACCGCCUCAGAGACAAGUUAAUCCACAUAGCCAUGCCAAUUCGUCUGCAAACAACACGAGCAGAGCAAGGUCAAGGAAUCGUGGUGGUGGGCCUUCUCAUAACAACUUUGGUCGGCCAUCUCCACCAGCACCACCCCUCUUCCCCGUUUUCCGUCCAAUGGUGGAUACUGGGGCAAAUCAGGGAGCUGGAACUGCUCCAAGAACCCCUUCAAGGAGGGGUCAUAAUUACGGGCCCCGGCCACGAGGGGAUGGGCCCCACCACAAUAACUACGGAGGCCGGCGCCAUCAGGAUCGGAGGGGGGCAAAUUUUUCUCCCCCAUCUUACAUGCCUCAACAUUCUCCCAUGUCAUACAUGCCGCCUCCUCUACCCCCGGGGGUUCCUCCCUUUAUAGGCCCCCCACCAGUGAGGGUUUUCCCAGGACAAAUGGGGUUCGAGAUGACAUCUCCUUUUGUGUAUGUGCCCUCGCCGCCUUUGGGUCCGGAGUCCUUCAGGGCUAUGCCGGUUGUACCGCCACCAAUGCCUAUGCUUUUUCCUCCAGCUAAUGAGAAUACGUUGACAAAUAUGAUUGUCAAGCAAAUAGAUUAUUACUUCAGUGAUGAUAACUUGGCGAAGGAUAACUAUUUGAGGUCAAAGAUGGAUGAUCAGGGCUGGGUGCCCAUUACUCUAAUAGCAUCCUUUCAUCGAGUCGAACAAUUGACGAAGAAUGUUAAAGUAAUUUUGGACGCGUUAAAACAUUCAACAGUCGUGGAAUUGCAGGGUGAAAAGAUACGGAGACAUGGUACAUGGCAAAAAUGGCUACAUUCUUCGAGCCGCCGGAACACUGGGGCUGGUGGUGCCGUGGAUGUAUAA